AUGCGGUGCGCAUCAGUGACCACUUCCACACUUGAAGUAUCGCCGAUCAUGACGAUAAGUUUACUGGUAGUGUUUGUUCCCCGUAUCCCCCUCCUGGUCAAAGCUGAGACAGUGCCUCUUGAGCGUGCGAGUCGCAAGAUGUCCGGCGGGCAAACAUUCACGAGCGCUCUGGCCUUUGAAGCUCGGGGCUGGAUGCAGCUUCUUCGUACUAGUGCCCCCUGCCGUGAUCAUACUCACAGGACGCACAAGCCUUCACCUCGCUCCGUUGAAUGCCAAGGAGAUCCCAUCUUGACGCGUGCAAACCCCUUUGCCAAUCAUCCACUUCUGACACUUCUCAUGCCUGGUCAUCUUACUCUACGGGAGGCGACCAAGAUCCAAGAGACCCAUGGCCCUCUCGUGUGUUACCGAGUGCCAUUGGCCUUUGUCCGGCUGAAAAACCCGUCGUACCAAUCGGAGGAUGCCGCAUCCGCCUUCCUCUACUUUUGCGACCCAACUUCUCGCAAGGCGUUCGGGUUCAAGAAUCGGUUUUAUCAAGACGCAGCUCCGUAUGAUGGACAAUAUGCACUCCAUCGAGGAGCGUGUGAGCUUUCCGAAGACUUCAAGUGGGCAUUCGAUAUCGAUGCCUCCUCUGUUCAUGAAGCUAUAGGGUGGUAUGUGGCGAGGGUUCAGGAAAACCUUGCCGCCUCGCUGGUAGAGCAGUCCCACUUGGAGCCGGUGCAGUUUCCGGGUGCAGACUGGCAAGCUGUCGGCGCCUGGAGGAGGGCAGAGACAAGUGGGUGGCAGCGUACCGCGCAAGCUAACGACAGUCAGAAGAGGUGGAACGUUCGGCGCGGUCCACCCCUGCCAGCGCAGCAUUGGGCUCCCUAUAUCCUCAGGUUCGAUUGGGUUUCCGGCCCAGUAUUCCAGUUUCCGCCCAUCAGCCACGUUGUUGGCACGAUGGUAUGCCAUCGAGAGUUCAGCGAGAAGGUGGCUCUGGAACUCUACGGCGUUUUCCUCGACUGCAACUUACGGCUGUACCAAAAGCCCGACACUUGUGAUGAAAAACGCGACCCCUUCGUCGACAGACUGGUUACCGGCAUCAGCGGCUUGACUGUGUUGUUCCUGGCCUGCACGAUUGUCUCUGAUGAAGUGGCGUGCGCCAAGUUGCUGCAAAUGCCCACCGCUGGCCUCCGCAUAUUGAAAGAUCUCCACGACCAAGGACUGGGCGACUUUUGCUCGAAGGUGGUCCGGCCGCAGGUCAAGGCGAUGCUCCAGGCUCUCUUUGAGGGUGAGCGCGAUCUCACGACAACUGCCUGGGGCCAAAGACUGUCCCUCCUCGUAUCGCUGCACCUCUGCCGACCCAACGGGAAGUUGGCCACGUGGGGGGAGACGGAUUAUCCGGAGCCGCUGCUGCUGGAUGUCUUGCGACUCGGCCCGUCGAGAAUCAGAAGCAUUCCGAUCGAAUAUGAGGCGGCCGCCACCGGCUUCUUUGCGGGAAACGCUGUCGGGACUCUCAUUCAGCUCUUGUCGAAACGCAUAAUCGAGAGGGAGGCCAAGGGACGCAAGCACAGAACCCUCGUGACGCUAACCACUGAAUGGACCACCAACCUUGUCAGUGUUGGCCAGAGUGUUGCCCCGAUGCUUGUCGGCAGCGGUGGCGGUUACGCAACCCCGUUUUCCUUGGAACAGACGCGAGGUCUACUUCACGAUUGGAUCGACGAGAGGACAGCUCGACAAACCAGCUCCCUGCGAAGCGCGUGCGACCAUGUUCUUGAGCUUUUCGAUGAGCGUCUGUACAAAUUCGACCGGAAAUUCGGCAAGGACGUGGAUCUGAGCCCGUUCCGCACACAGGGCUCGCAAGCUCUCAAGAUUGCGCUGGACGCAGACCCGCAAGCCCACUACGACAGGUCAAUCCGCGCCCGCGGGUCCUCGGCCAGAUAUCGGUUCCUCGUUGACUGCCCGUCCAAGCGGUGCAACGGACAACGCGAGCGAUUCUGGUCCAACCUCUUCGAGAAGAAGCUGGCUUUGAUCGACCAGGAUGACGACGCUCACGGCGCCUAUGGAUUAUUAUCUUCCAGCCGUCGCUCCGACACGAGUCCCCGUGCAGCAGUCAGCGCAGCAUCCAAUUAG